UCGAGUUUGAAUGUCUUAAGUAUUUAUUCUUUUAUUGGUUGUUUAACAAUCUCAAUUAUUUCUGUUUACGAAAAAGAAAAGAGUAUCGAGAUAUUAGAAAAGAAAAGAAUACUGAAAGAAUAGUGAAGUUGUUUCUUUUCCAUUAAUUUUUCAUCUUUAUUCAAAAGAAAUAUUCAAAAAAAAUAUCCAAAAACAAAAUCCAAAAACAAAAUCCAAAAACAAACAUGAAUUCAAAAGAAGGUUACGGUAUUGAAGUGAAAAACGAAUCUAGUUCGAUCCACGAUGAACCAGCAAGUGGUGAAGUCACUGAGGUGGCCUAUGAUUAUCACAAAAGUCAUACAAAGCGUAGAUUGGAAUCCAGACAUGUCCAAUUAAUUGCUAUCGGUGGUUCUAUUGGUUCAGCACUUUUUAUCAGUAUUGGUAUAGCAUUGGUUAGAGGUGGACCAGGAUCCUUAUUUCUAUCGUUUUUCCUCUGGAGUGCUGUGUUUCUUUUAGUUAUUGCAAGUUGUGGUGAAAUGGUGAGUUAUUUGCCGGUUGAUUCUCCAUUUAUCACUAUAGCUGGUAGAGUUAUUGAUCCAGCAUUCGAAGCCGCAGUUGGUUACAAUUUCUACAUUAUGGAAGCCAUCUAUAUUCCCUAUGAAAUUACAGCAGUUAAUGGUAUGAUUCACUUUUGGAGAAAUGAUUAUUCGCCUGCGAUAACGUUUUGCAUUCAAAUUGUCAUGUAUACAGUCUUAAAUGUGUUUGCGGUUCAAUGGUAUGGUGAAUCCGAAUUUUGGCUAUCAUUGGGUAAAUUGUUAUUAGCUGUUGGGCUAUUAUGUUUUAGUUUUAUCGCAAUGGUGGGUGGUAAUCCACAGAGAGAUGCGUUUGGCUUCAGAUAUUGGAGAGACCCUGGAGCAUUUGCAGAGUAUCUUGCUACUGGAACACUUGGUAGAUUUGAAGGGUUUUUAGCUGGUGCCAUGUUUAUUGCUGUUUUCACUAUUGUUGGAGCAGAGUAUAUUUCAAUGAUUGCAGGAGAAACCAUCAAUCCAAGAAAAGUGAUGCCUAGAGCCUUUAAAACAUUCUUCUACCGUCUUGUUUUCUUUUAUAUUGGAGGUGCCAUCAGUGUUGGUGUCUUGGUUCCAUAUAAUGAUGCCAAUUUACUUUAUAAAAUGAGCACUACGUCUGGAGGUGAUGCUACAGUCUCGCCCUAUGUUGUUGCAAUGGAAAACUUGGGUAUUACUGUUUUGCCCCAUAUUGUCAAUGCAUUGUGUUUAACAUCAGCAUUUUCCGCAGGUAACUCUUAUUUAUAUUGUUCUUCCAGAUGCUUAUAUGGGUUGGCACUUAAGGGAUAUGCUCCCAAAUGGUUUGCCAUUUGCAAUAAACAAGGUGUUCCAAUCUAUGGUGUUGCAUUGGGUGUUGGAUUCUCAUUACUUUCUUUGCUUCAAUUAGGUAGCGGUACUGCCACAGUCUUUAAUUGGUUGGUUUCACUAUGUAGUGGUGCACAGGUUUUGAAUUUCAGUUUCAUGUGUGUAACUUAUUUGGGAUUCUACAGAGCAUGCAAAGCCCAAGGCAUUGAUAGAAACUCGUUUACAUAUAAAGGAUGGGGUCAGCCUUACACUGCUAUGGUUGGAUUGUUUUUCACUUUUGUCAUGGUCAUCUUGUUGGGAUACACUAAUUUCUUGCCCGGAAUGUGGAGCAUUGAGAAUUUCCUUUAUGAUUACUUGAUGCUUUUCAUCUCCAUUUUUGUCUUUUGCAUGUGGAAGUUGGUGUUCAAGACCAAGUUUGUCAAACCAGAAGAAGCCGAUUUGGUGAGUGGGUUACGUGAAAUCGAAGAGCACGAAAUAAAGUACUACCAGGAACUUGAGACCAGGAACAAGAAAGAUCUUAAUAUGGUCCAGAGAGUACUCGACUGGAUCUUCGGCUAAACAGGGCCUGUGCAGUUUAUAGUCUUUUUGUUUUAUUUUUAUAUAUUUAGAGCCCUUUAUACAACCAUUGAUAUCAG